GUAUUGUCUCAGACGCCGAGCAACUAGAACAAUAAGAAAUUUAAAAUAAAAGCUAAAAGUACGAAAACAAGUUCGGUGAUUGACUGAUUGAGGAGUGUGUGUUUGUGAUGGCUUUUGUGGCACGCAACGAUCAGCAUGGCAACGAAAUAAUGCGCGUUAUGCUCUCCCCUGAGCCGGGCAAACGAACAGUUGCCACCUGCCAGAAUCUGUGCAUCAAUUGUGUGCCAUCUCAGCCGUUGGAUGCCGACGCCGACACAAGUGAUGGACGCUUUGAUCAUCGACAACGCUUUCAUCCUUAUGCUGUGGAUGCAGAGCCAAGCGAGAUAAUCGAAGCCCAGCGGGAACGCAACGAGACCCAACAGCAACCGCAACUGGAGUCGAUGCAACAUCACAAUGCUGACGAGUCAGCGUCUUGGCAUACGGACGAAAUCACUGCGCAUAGCACUCUGGUUAAUCCCAUCAAAGUGUCGCUGGAAAAGCCUGCCGAAAAGCGACGCGAUUUUCACUGCUGGCUGGCGGCCAAAAAUGAGGCGCAGCAGCGUGAGUCGCAGGAUCGUCGCCUUGCCGCCCAGCAGGAGGAUCAACGAGCCGCGGAGCGAGCGCGUCUCGCAACGCAGCAAUUCGAAGAGUGGUGCGUGACGAAAUCGACGCAAAUGCGACGCGCCAAAUCCGAUCUGAGUUCGGUGCAGCAAACAACGCCAUCUCUGACAAAUUCACAAUCAAGCGAAGCGCAGCAGCAACAGCGACACAACGAAUGGGAACGCGGCAAGUUGGCUGCGCUGAAGGCGCAACGCGAAGAGCGUGAGGCAAAGGACAAGCAGCAACAGUUGCUCGAAAGUACGCGACGCGAACGCAAUGCGGAGGCUGUGGAGCAAUGGAUGGAUGCGUCACGCUCCAGGCCACGCCCCGUGCCGAUGGGCAAGGGGCUGGACUCGCUGCGGGCGAGCAUGGCGCCGCUGUACACCAAUCCAAACGAAUGGCAAACGCUGUUGCCGCAAACAAGCAGACGACAGCAACCACAACAGGAACAACCACAGCAACCACAACAAGAACAGCAACAACAGCAACAACAGCAACAUCGCACAGGGCCCGACUAUGAGCGACUUGAGCGCUUGGCGCAGCCACGAAGACAAUUGAAUGCUUCGCCUCCAGGUGCAGCUGUUAGUCUGAAGACGCAGCCAGAGUUGCGACGACAAUCGAGUGCACCGGAAGCUGAUUGGCUGUCGGUAUCCAGCGAGACGCUGCAUGCAACCCUAGCGGAGCCGCGUGGCAAGCCAAUUAUCUGGAGCAAUCGGAAUGCGCAGCGAGUGCGUGAAUUGCGUGAAGUUCUCAAUCCACUCGAUGAGCCAGUGCCACGUCAACUGCGCGACGAUCAGCUGGAAAAGUUGCGACAGCAACAGAAUAUCCAAAACACCAAAGUCUUGCCUCGCAAAUAUCAAAUGAAACGCGAACAGUUGCGCGAGAAACUCAAACCUUGGGUCGAGGCUGGCAAACUCCAACCGGACAGAGGUGCACUCACCUAUCGCAUGGCCAACAAUAACAACAACUCCAAAGUGGAGACAACGGCGACAACCGUGCAGCGAUCCGAGCAUCAUCAUCAUCAUCAUCAAGCAGCAGCAGCAGCCACUUCUCUCAGUUCGGUGCAGCGCACCAGAAGCAAUGAAAUGGAGGAAAGACAGUUGAAGCAAUUGCGCGAUUCAAAAACUUCGUCAAAGUCGAGACCUUGGCGUUAAUCGCCAGUUUAUAUAUAUAUUUUAAUAAUCAUCGAACACACUUCACUCCUAUAUAUUUUGUAAUUCUUACUUAGCUCUGUUUUGAAGGCGUUCGUUUAGUUUUUGUUAUUUUAUUUUCGUGCAUAUUUAUUUAAAUUUUAACUGUAAGCUCCUAAAAAUUAUAAUGCCAAAAGCAAUUGCGUU